AUGUCGUCAUACAACUCUGUCCUGUCUUUCCAGGAAGGGCUCCCGGACGGAUUCAUGAUGCGACCCUUCAGUGAGUCCGACGUGCUCCAGAACACCGUGGAACAGCUUUUGCGGAAACUGCAGGAGUCUCGCGAUGGCAGUCAAUGGAUCAUCCUUGUCGCUCUCACGUCGGCAACUGUCGAACGGCUGGCCGAUACGGAAAACCCGAUGGAAGGUCUGACCUACCGAGUUCAAUGGGAUGGCUCAGCAGCCCUCAUCAAGGUGGUCGCUGGGCACACUCAUCUGAUGGUGACGGAUGAGCUUACCAGAGCGAUUGAACACCGCAUCUCCGUCAUGCAUAAUCCUCCGAUUCACAAAUGGAACGGCCAUGCUGCGUACAGGCCCACAACAACCAACGGCAAACAAGCCGAUCAAUCGUUCCUCCCGCUUUCCCGAUGGUCGACUACCUCGCAGGCUUGGGGUUUCCCUACCCUCGUGGUUGAGACUGGCGUGCCCCAGUCACUGCUCCGGCUCCGCGCAAACGCCAAGUGGUGGUUUGCAAACACGAAUGGCGAAGUGCGGAUCGUUCUGAUUGUCAUCGUCUCCCGGGCGGGGUUCCGGAUCGAGAAAUGGCAACUGGCUCCCCCUGGUCUUGCACGUCCCCUCUCUGAGGGCGAUAUUCACGCUUUACGCCAACAGAACCCUCCUAUCCCUCCUCUCUUCGAGCAGCCCGCCGCGGUCCAGCAAGCAUAUGCGGCACAAGAGAUCGAGGUGACGGAAGAGAGAAUUGUGGGUGGGCCUCUGGUGAUCCCGUUUGUCGCUCUGUUCGGCCAAUUCCCAAACCCUGGACAGCAAGACAUUGUGCUCGGAGCGGAGGGCUUUCGUUUUCGCGGUUGA